GAAUCGAGAGUCCCUUCACCGCAAAACUCCACCAUGGAAGACGGCGACAGCGGCCCCAGAAGAUCCACGCCGGCGGAGGAGGAGCAUCUGGCGGGACUGACGGAGGAUGAGUACGCCGCCCUAAGACCGGUGAUUGACGCCCACCACCGCUACGACGUUGGGCCCGGCCAGUGCUCAUCCAUCCUCGCCCAGCGGAUCCGCGCCCCGGCCGCCACCGUGUGGUCCUUCGUCCGCCGCUUCGACCGCCCCCAGGUCUACAAGCACUUCAUCCGGAGCUGCGCUCUCAAGGACGCCGGCGGAGGCGAAGACCUCCGCCCAGGCUGCCUCCGCGAGCUCAGCGUCAUCACGGGCCUCCCGGCGAGCACCAGCAUGGAGCGGCUCGACCUCCUCGACGACGCCCGGCGCGCGAUCGGAUUCACCAUCAUAGGCGGCGAGCACCGGCUCCGGAACUACCGAUCGGUGACGACGGUGGACGAGGUCGGGGGAGGCGACGGGGAGGAGUCGCGGAAUACAGUGGUGCUGGAGUCGUACGUGGUGGACGUGCCCGAGGGGAACACGGUGGAGGACACCACGCUCUUCGCGGAUACCGUCGUGCGGCUCAACCUGCAGAAUCUCGCCUCAGUGGCGGAGGCAGCGCUUCCGCCGGCGUGAACUAGUGAAAGGGCACAAUGAGUCUCGGGAAAGGAUUCUACUGCCAGCCAAA